AUGAAUCUUUACAAGUGGCAUCCAUGCGAGGAGUACGACGAAGUCUCCGACACAGCAAAGGGAAAUAUUUCGCUUAGUCUCGGAAGCAAGUGCAGUUCUUCUGAUGAUCUAGAUUCAUGGAGCAGUGCCUCAGAAGAAGAUGAACUUGAGUCUCUUAUGCAAAUGCGGCAGCGGUUAGAACUUUUACAUGAACGUUUGAUGCGGUAUAGUGAACAACAUGUAAGUGUAAAGGGACUUUUAAAGCUCUCUCGACGUUUGAAGAAGGAGAUAGCCUUAGUUGAGGAUACAAUACACUUAAUUUCAGAAGAAAAAGGUGAUGUAGAGCCACAAUGUUCACUUUUACACGAUGCUAGUGUACAUCAUUAUGAGUUGAUACUUGCCGCUCUGGAGUGUGAACCAGAUGUUGUAAGUGUAUGUACAUUAAUGCGACCCAUUAGGAAGAAGAAGGAAGAAAAAGAGGAACAAACAGAAGUGGAUAUUGUCUCUUGUGGUGGUUUGCGUUGGUUGAAGGUGCGUGCAGCAUCAUCGCAGCGACUACAUUCGGGAAUGAUAGAGUGUUGUGGUCGUGAAUGCUCUUGUUGCUACUGCGCCCCAGUUUCUCAUCUUCUCUCACUGGCCCGAAUGAGGCGAUUACCUUUCAUGCAAGUACCACAAGUAGUCGUACUUUUCCGUCACCAACCACCAUUAGCGAUGAUAGAGAACAUACAACGCAUGGGAGCGCGACCGGUAAGUUACGCCGAGAUGCUUGCGAAGAUGGGGGAUAAAAGUACUCUGCAACAAUAUUGGUACAAAUCAGAGUUUUUACCGUCCCUUUCUUUUAAUGUAGAUUUUAUAUGCUUUGACACAACUGCACUAGUGGCUCUCUGCUCUGAAGCAUGUUUUGCUGAUGCCCCUGCAGAGAAUGUAGUGGCGUUGCAGAAUUAUCACGUAAUGGCAGAGCAGCAGCGCAGAGAGAUGGAAACUCCAUGUGUGCGUAGUCAUAUUGAACCUGCACUAGAGCGUUACACAAAAUGGUAUGAUAAAGAUGAGUUUAUUGAGAGGAUGCGUGAAAAUGUAAUGCGGCGCGGUGGGGACGCAUCAUGUAUAUCACAUAUACAUACUAUUGAUUUGUCAUGGCUUGAAGAGCUUAUUGCUACAACUUCGUUAACGUAUGAGUUUGAAUCAACCAUAAAUGAGAGUUUACUGGUUCGUCGCGUGCAGGAGAGAUGCAAAGAUCGAAUGGCAGACAAUUCUACUUCCUGCUUUCCUAACUGGAUCAUUGCCGAUAUUACACUUGCAGAAUUUCGAUGGAUAAUGGAGACUAUAGCCGGUCCCAAGGAACUGCGUCGAGCUCUUUCAUUACUACAUUGUUGUUGUGUUGCUACCAUUGACCGAAAAUGUCUGGAGGGAAAUAACCCUCUUCUAACUAAUGUGUCUCUCUUAGCGACAAGGAACAAAGUAUCAUUACGUAAUCGUUUGGUUUUUGGUUUAGGUGAUAUUUUGGGGGCCGUAGUCUUUUCAUCUAACCGCCAAAUAGUGUAUGCCGCACAGGAUGAGGGCGUUGAGAUCUUAGUAGUUUCACAUCCGGCACGAGCGCUGGUUGAACAGAAAGUCUACGGUAUGCAACGAAGAGACGGACCAACUGCUCCUCCUCCCAUUGAUUCAGAGUGUUGUUAA